CGGGAGAGAAGCGAACACAUCUAAGGACUGAAGACUCUCCGCUGUCCGUCUAUGUCCUCCUGGUUCCUCCUGGUGUCACCGCUGUCUCUCGCUAACGGGCCCGGUACCGACUGAUUCACCCGCCGAACAGGAAACACCGUUUCCCACCAAGGAGGAUCUAUUUUCCUUCUGGCUCCAAUUAUCGCCAGACAGCGGACACUUUCCAUUCGCCGCAUCCGUCUCUUGAAACCAAUGAUAGGCGCUAAAGACGCCGAGCAGCCUUCUUCCGGCCAAGGACGCCAACAUGUCCUCAAAGGUGGCCUCCGUUUGUUGCCUUGUUUUUGGCCACAUUUUCUCUUCUGACUCUGCGCUUUUAGUGUAGACAAAGCGGCUAGCUUACUGGCUAGCUAGCGCGCUAGCCGCUUCUCUUGCCUUUUCAAUUGUCCUCAAGUCUUCUCAGCAGAGGACAUUUGCUGCUUCUUAACCUGCGGGAUAUCAUCUCCUGAGCGGCCGUCUGGCCCAAGGAAUGGUGCCAUCGAAACGGCGGAACCGGAGAGAGAACCCCCAUUAGAGGGGAGAGGGGGCUGGGGAGUUAUUUUCUCUCUUUUUCUGGAUGAUGCUGACUUGUGGAGCCUCGGGAGCUGAAUGUAGCUCAUUAUUGGACUCUUUGUCGGUGUCCUGAUCUGUGCCGCCGUCACCAUGGACAUUGUAUGAGCGUCCUUCUGCUCCAACGACGAGUGUUUAUUAUUGACAAGACGCUCAUUUCCUUUCUCCCCACCGGAAGUGCACUCAGGGAGCAACAUGUCUUUACGCAAAGCUCUGCCGGGAAACGAGAGGAACCCUGAUCAUCACACCUCCCUUUCCACCAGCCGCUCAGACAAAGGAACGGGCUGGUCGAGCCGCUCGCUGGGCGCACGAUGUCGAAACUCCAUCGCACUGUGUUCGGACGAGCAGCCGCACAUCGGGAACUACCGGCUGCUCAAGACCAUCGGCAAAGGCAACUUUGCCAAGGUCAAACUGGCGCGGCACAUCCUGACGGGCAGAGAGGUUGCAAUAAAGAUCAUCGAUAAAACACAGCUCAACCCGACCAGCCUGCAGAAGCUGUUUCGUGAGGUACGCAUCAUGAAAACUCUCAACCACCCAAACAUAGUCCAGCUGUUUGAGGUCAUAGAAACGGAGAAGACGCUCUACCUCAUCAUGGAAUACGCCAGCGGGGGGGAGGUGUUUGACUACCUGGUGUCUCAUGGCAGGAUGAAGGAGAAAGAAGCUCGGGCCAAGUUCAGACAAAUUGUGUCAGCGGUGCACUACUGCCACCAGAAGCACAUUGUUCACAGAGACUUGAAGGCGGAGAAUUUGCUACUCGAUGCCAACUCCAACAUCAAAAUCGCCGACUUCGGCUUCAGCAACGAGUUCACAGCCGGCAGCAAGCUGGACACCUUCUGUGGCUCUCCGCCUUACGCCGCCCCAGAACUCUUUCAAGGGAAGAAGUACGACGGUCCUGAGGUGGACAUCUGGAGCUUGGGCGUCAUCCUCUACACGCUGGUCAGCGGCUCCCUGCCCUUUGACGGACAAAACUUGAAGGAGCUGCGAGAGCGAGUUCUGAGAGGGAAAUACCGCGUGCCCUUCUACAUGUCGACAGACUGUGAGGGAAUCCUGCGUCGCUUCCUGGUCCUCAACCCAACCAAGCGCUGCUCGCUGCAGCAAAUCAUGAAGGACAAGUGGUUGAACGUGACCUACGACGGAGAGGAGCUGAAGCCUCACACAGAGCCCGAGGAAGACUUCAAUGAUACCACUCGCAUCGAUGUGAUGGUGGGGAUGGGCUUCACCAGAGAUGAGAUCAGAGAUUCUCUGGUCAGUCACAAGUACAAUGAAGUGACGGCCACGUAUCUGCUACUGGCGCGCAAGACGGAGGGGAAGGCUGAAAACACUGUGACCCGGUCCGUCAGCAAUCUCAGUCUAGCCCGAGUCCGGCCCGGUGCCCUCGCCAACGGGACCAGCAAACACUCCACUUCCUCCUCCGGCGCAACGUCCUCCUCCUCCGCGGCCCACAAGCCACAGCGCAGCGUCUCCACCUACCAGCGCCAGAGACGACACUCUGACUUCUGUGGUCCGGCUGCUCCGGGCUCCACACACCCCAAGCGCAGUCCCAGCGGCGUGGGAGAAGGGGCGGCGCUCAGAGAGGAGAGGUUGUCGGUCCGCAAGCCCAGCAACAACACCGUUAGCUCUCGGAGCAUCCCGGCCCCCUCCAGUCCCAUGGUCAGCUCUGCUCACAAUCCAAAUAAAUCGGAGAUACCAGACCGACGCAAGGAGGCCAACUCCACCACGAAUAACGUCUCUGCUAGUGCCAUGACUCGAAGGAAUACAUACGUGUGCACGGACCGCUCCGGCACUGACAGGCACUCGCUGCUGCAAAAUGGCAAAGAAAACAGUGCCCUCUCCCACCGCCUGCCCCCGGCCUCCCCCUCCACCCACAGCAUCGCCGGCGCGUCGGGCGUGUCCUCUACGCCCGCCUCGCGUCUCUCCAGGGGCUCCACGGCGAGGAGCACUUUCCACGGCGGGCAGAUCAGGGACCGCCGGCCGACCUCGCACGCCGCACCGGCGUCCCCCACGCCGUCUCACGACGCCAGCCCCCUGCCCCACGCCAGGACACCCCGCGCCACAAGCAACCUGCUGAGCAAGAUCACCUCCAAGCUGACGCGCAGGGUCACUCUUGACCCUUCUAAACGUCAGAGCUCAAACAAAUCCAUGUCGGGCUGCACCCUCCCACAGGGGACAAAAACAGUUAACGAACCUGAGAGAAUCAGCAGAUCUCCGGUCACAAGUCGCCAUCUAUCUGGGCAUCAAAAAGCGGCAGAGCCCCGGACCCCCCGAUGCGGCUGGGAUGUGAGGGUGCGGAGCCCCCGCGACCCGGCCGAGGUGGUGCUGGCGCUGCGGGAGGCGGCCCAGGGCUGCGGCUGCCAGGUCCACCUGGCGGGGCCCUUCCUGCUGUCGUGCACCCACGGCGCGGCCGGCACUCGCGUGGCCUUCGAGGCCGAGGUGUGCCAGCUGCCCGGCGGGCUGGGCCAGAGCAGCGGCGUCAGGUUCAAGCGCCUGUGGGGGGCGCCGCUAGCGUUCAGAGACAUCGCCACCAAAGUAUCGAAGGAGCUGGAGCUCUGAGAGCCGCCCGGAGGCGGGGCAGAGUGGCGACGAGAGGUGAGGAAGAAGAGAAACGAGGUGCGAGCUCCUCCCCCAUCCCUCCUUUUAGCUCCGCCUUUUCUGAUGUGACUGGCAACGCCUCGCCUCUGCCAAAGACCUUGUUUCCAAUCACAUGGCUGAAACAAACACCGCGUUAAAGAGCCCAUCGAGUCCAUUUUGUUUUGAUUAGAUUUGUCAUCAUUCCUUUUUAAAGAGCUGCUAUUUAUAGUCAGGUUUUCAUGAAGUUGAUUCUCUUUGACAGACAAUGUCACAUGUUGUAGUGAUGCACUCUGGCCACUAGAGGGAGACAUGCAGAGACUUAUUGAGCGCAGUUUGAUGUUGCUGCUUUUAUCAAAAAUGAUUUCCUGCUAGAAGUGUUUUUGCUCAUUACAGUUGGUUUAUGCUCACGCACCUUUAGACGAGCAACGUCCGCAUUCUUAGUGUGUCAGAAGACAUUCUGCCCCCUGCUGGUUAGACAUGUCGCAGCUUGCACACGUCGCCAACAAAUGAAAUGCUUCCAUGAAUGUCCAAAGUGUGGCCUGGGAGAAAUGUUCAGCCCACGUUAAGUUUAUUGUUCCUCUGUAUAAUG